AUGUCGAACGAAUUUGAUAAUACAAAUGUUGAAGAAGUUGCUGAUAGAAUUAAAGGGGAAAAGGCAAAAACAAGAAAAGGAAAUUUAAUUUUAAAAAAAAGAGAGGGAGAAUAUCAAGAAAGAUCAAAAAAUUGUUUAUUUAUAUGUAGUAAUAAAAGAACAGAAAUAUUAAAAAAUUUAAUGCAUGAUGUAUAUAUAAUUCAAAAACCAUAUACAUGCUAUAUGCCUAAAUUACAUCCACAAUUAGUAAAUAUAACUGAUAAAAUUGAUAAACUUGUAGAAAUAUGUAUUCAUAACGCUUGUUCAUUUUUCUUUUCAAUUUUUUCAACAAAAAAAAAUCCAUCAAGAUUUAUAUUAGGUCGUUUAUAUAAUAAUAAAAUUUUAGAUUAUUAUACAUUUUGUCUUCUUUCUUUUAUACCAAUGAAUAUAUUUCCAUUUUCAAAAGAAAUUUUAUUUAGCACCAAGCCAAUUGUAAUAAUACAAGGUUCAUAUUUUAAUAUGAAUGAAAAUACAAAAUAUUUAAAAAAUAUCCUUUUCGAUUUUUUUAAACAUAAAAAUGUAGAUUCUUUUGCCAAAAAUAGUUUACAGAGAUUAAUCGUUAUAACUGCUUAUGAAUAUGCCGGUCAAUCUUUGUCUCGAAAAUUCGUCAAAACAUCUGAUCCAAACCAAGAAAUUGAACAAAACAAAGAAAUUGAACAAAACAAAGAAAUUGAACAAAACAAAGAAAUUGAACAAAACAAAGAAAUUGAACAAAACAAAGAAAUUGAACAAAACAAAGAAAUUGAACAAAACAAAGAAAUUGAACAAAACAAAGAAAUUAAACAAAGCAAAGAAAUUAAACAAAAAAGACACAAAAGUAAAUACGUUAUGUCAUUUAGGCAAUAUAUUUUUAAAAAAGAAAUUUAUCAAAACGAAACAGAAAAUGAUAAUCCAAAAUUGGAAGAAGUCGGACCACGAUUUGAGUUUACAUUAGAAUCAUCACAAAUACCAAAUUAUAAUUUAUUCCAAGAAGCAAUAAAAAAACAUGAUAUACAUCCAAAGAAAAAAGAAAAAAAAAUUAAAACUGAUGAGUUGGGUCAUGAUAUUAAAAGAGUCUAUGUUCAGAAACAAGACUUUAAUAAGCUACAUACAAAACAUUCGAAUUUUUUUAAAAAAUCAAAAAAAAUUGGGAAAAAAAAUAAAGAGACUGCCCAAUGA